AUGUCGACUGUCGCAGACGACCUCCUCAACGAUUUUGGAAGCUCCGGCGAUGAGGCCGAAGAAGAGCUCAACGACGGCCUCAUCAAGGAUGAAGAGGCAACCGCCGGCAACCGUGACGCCAUGGAGUUGGAUGGCGAUGCUGAGAGGAAGGUCGACGAAGAUUCGGAUGAUGGAUUGAACGACAGAGAAGAUUCCGAAGCAACAAAGGUAAAGGUCGAGAAGAUGCAACUUGGAGGAGUAAAGGAUGUUAGAAGCGUUGCCAGCCUCAUGCAAACGCUUGAACCAGUUCUCGAGGUUAGUACUACCCCCUUCAGACCGAGCCGCAUCAACGGUCGCAUCUUGAUGGACGAUUCGUUUACAUCAGUUCUUUUGACGGAUAGCCCUGACGUAUUGCCUCGAACGCUACAGAGAAUCGCACAUUACCGAUCGCAAGCCGCGACGCAGAGUACCAAUGUCGGAAACAUCGAAGAUCAUCCCGAGUAUCAUCUUCUGACGCAGUCCAACAGCCUUUCAACCCAGAUCGAUGGCGAGGUUGUCCUCGUUCAUAAGUUCAUUCGCGACCACUACUCGACGAGGUUUCCCGAGCUCGAGCGACUUGUUACUACGCCACUAGAAUAUGCCAAGGUCGUUGCUAUCAUCGGAAAUGGUCCGUUGGAUUCGGAGAGUAUCAAGGCUCUGCAGACUUCGACUAACAACCCGCUUGGAAUAACACUUAAGUCCGUCCUUGAUGGGCCGUCACUCAUGAUAGUGACGGUCGAGGCCACCACAUCAAAGGGCCACGAGAUGACACCCGAAGAGCUUCAGCGCGUCUACAAGGCAUGCGAUAUGGUUAUUGCCCUCAACAAGGCCAAGCAGACUCUCGCCGAGUACGUGCAGUCGCGCAUGAACAUUUUUGCGCCAAAUCUGACAGCCCUUGUUGGUUCUCUUACGGCCGCCCAACUCCUCAACGCGGCAGGCGGACUGACAGGUCUCUCCAAGACGCCUGCUUGCAACAUCGCCUCUUGGGGAUCCAAGAAGAAGCACUCGGGGCUUGCUACGAAUAUAGGUGUUCGGCAGCAGGGCUACCUUUACAACUCGGAGAUGAUCCGAGGCAUUCCUACCGACUUGAAGAAGCAAGCCUUGAGAAUCGUGUCGGCCAAGCUAGUUCUGGCUGCCCGGGUUGAUCGCACACACUCCAGUCCGGAUGGAUCCACAGGGGAGGAGCUCAAAUCAGCAUGUCUUGAACGCCUUGAGAAGCUGACAGAGCCACCUCCCAACAAAGGACAGCGUGCGCUCCCUGUGCCAGACGAUAAGCCAUCCCGCAAGCGAGGUGGACGACGUGCUCGCAAGGCUAAGGAGGCUCUCGCUAUGACUGAUCUUCGUAAGCAACAGAACCGUAUGGCAUUUGGCAAGGAGGAAAGGGAGGUCGGAUAUGGCACUGGCGAGUCAACUGUUGGUAUGGGCAUGAUUGGUCAGUCCAACGACGGCCGCAUUCGCAGCACCCAGAUAGACCAGCGCACACGCGCAAAGCUCAGUGCCAAAAACAAGGGCUGGGGCGGAAACAGCACCGUGGGUGGUGCUGCGUCGUCUAUCGGUGGCUUUGGCCAAGCGUCUAAUAUUGAUUUACGAGGGCGCGGCUUACGAGCGUCGGGAGUUGGCAGCACCAUCGGUUCAGCAACCGGCACAGCAUCAUCUUUGUCAUUCACGCCCGUCCAAGGUCUUGAGCUCGUUGACCCCAAGAUGCAGGCAGAGCUCAGCAAGAAGCGCAAGGCCGAGGAGGACCGUUGGUUCAAGGGCGGCAGCUUCACACAGGUCGGAGGGUUGUCAGAUGGAAGCGUUUUCAAGGUGCCGGCGCUCCCAGCAGCCAAACGUGUCGAUACAGGCGCAACCAAAACGAAUACCUCGGCAUCAAAAUAA